CAACGGUUUACGCCUAUUUAAGCCAACCUUUCUUUCACUUCUUCCUCCCCCACUUCUUCAAUCUUUCACAUUCUCUUUGCAAUUCCUCUGUUUCUUUCAUUGCUCAUUUCGAAUUUGGGUUGCUGAGCAAAAUGGAAUUCAGGCAGACUCAGAGGCCAAAAUAUGACUGCCUUCUGUUUGAUUUGGAUGAUACUCUUUAUCCCCUUAGUUCUGGUCUUGCAACAUCAUGCCGCAAGAAUAUAGAAGAUUAUAUGGUUGAAAAGCUUGGCAUAGACAGGAGCAAAAUCUUUGACUUGGGUAACCUAUUAUAUAAGAACUAUGGAACAACAAUGGCUGGUCUUAGGGCAAUUGGCUAUGACUUUGACUAUGAUGAAUACCAUGGUUUUGUUCAUGGGAGAUUACCCUAUGAGAAUUUAAAACCUGAUCCAGUUAUGAGAAGUCUUUUGCUGAGCCUGCCUUACCGGAAAGUUAUCUUCACAAAUGCAGACAAGGUUCAUGCAGUCAAAGUACUUAACAAGCUUGGAUUAGAAGACUGUUUUGAAGGGAUUAUCUGCUUUGAGACCCUUAAUCCCAUUCACAAGAGCACUGUUUCUGAUGAUGAAGAUGACAUUGAGUUUGUGGGACUAAGCACUACUACUACUUCUACCAAUACCAAUACUAUUAGUAGCUCUAAAAUAUUUGACAUCAUUGGGCAUUUUGCUCAGCCAAACCCCAGUUUGGCAUUACCAAAGACACCCAUUGUCUGCAAACCAUCAAUAGACGCCAUAGAACAGGCUCUCAAAAUAGCCAAUAUAAACCCCCAGAGAACUUUGUUCUUUGAGGAUAGUGUCCGCAACAUACAAGCUGGAAAAUGUUUGGGCCUUCACACCGUCUUGGUUGGCACUUCUCAGAGAGUUAAAGGUGCAGAUUAUGCAUUAGAAAGCAUUCACAACAUUAGGGAAGCAAUACCCGAACUCUUGGAAGCUGACAUAAAAUCAGAAGUUGCUUAUUCAGGCAAGGUUGCAGUGGAGACUUCUGUGACAGCUUAAUUUAUAUAUUAUUGUCAAUGUGACAAAGCAAUCGUGUCUUGGGGAUCUUAGCAUCCCCAUGCCUAAUCUCAUUGUGCAGAUGAUGUAGUUUUUUCGUUCUGAUUAAUUAUUAAUUCCGAAAAUUGUCAUUUUCUUUUAGCUCAAAAUAAGUGUUCCUAUUUUAUUGGA